AUGCAUUGCCGUCAGCUGAUUGAUCAGAUCAUUGCAACUGCCCUUCCUGAGUCUACAGACCCCGAUGAUGUGUCCGUCACUGUGAAGGCAUUCUUCACAGCAGAUCUUCCCAUCGAGUUGACCGAGCUGCUCGAGAAGCUCAUCCUCGAGCUUUCACCAUUCAGUGACAAUCACAACCUUCAGAAUUUGUUGAUGUUGACGGCCAUUCGCGCAGACGAGGGCAAGGUCAUUAGGUACAUCGACAGGCCCAAGAACUACGAUAUCGCUAGGAUUCCCAAGAUCGCGACCGACCAUAGUCUGUAUGACGAGGCAUUCCUCAUAUACAAGAAGUAUGAACGGCACGCCAGGGCCAUCAACGUGCUCGUCGAGCAUAUCGUCUGGACCCUGGCGUUGAGUUCGUACAUCAAGGCUGAGGAUCCCUCGAACUACACUCAAGUCAUCGAGAUUCCUAGUCACGCUCGUAAGCAUGACGACCUCGUCAGGUGCCUCCGGAUGGCGUGCAAGGCUCUGCCCGAGCCUAAGAUCGCCAUGGAGUUGGCGUACACCUGUGCGAAGACGGGGCGUCUGCACGAUAUGGAGGCCUUCUUGGGUGUAAUGAAUGUUGUUGACAUUCUUGAGAUCGGAGACAAGUGUUUCGAGGACGAGCUUUAUCAGGCGGCGAAGUUGGGAGCACAAACAGUUUAA